CUCCUCGCCGCGCGGCUGCCCACCUGGCGACGUGACGCUGCACCAAUCCUCUUCGAGCUGCUCCCGGGGGGCCUCCCUCCUUGUACCGCCCCCCUCCCCACCCUGAAAAAGGCGCACCCUGCCGGGGCAGACACUGCGCUCUCGUCGUUGGAGCACCCCUCUAAACUCCUUGGUCUCCAGGACGGACGCUCAGGCUCCUCUCUCGCUUUAGCUAAAGCGAUUUCCCGCCUCUCAAACUCCAACUUCCCUUAACUCCUAACUUUUUCCCUCCACUUUCCCCUCCUCUAUCUCCCACGCCACAAAACCUGGUCCCCUGUUGCUUUUUCCUGUCCUCUCUCUUUUCCUCUCUCUUUUCAACUUCUUGUCAGAUUCCACCUCAGACUACCCGAGCGUGCCUAGCUCAGUCGCCCGCUUUCGAUCAGCUCGAAGCCAUGGCGGGACCUGGGGGUUGGAGGGACAAGGAAGUCACGGAUCUGGGCCACUUGCCGGAUCCAACCGGAAUAUUCUCACUGGAUGAAACCAUUGGCCUUGGUACUUAUGGCAGGAUCUAUUUGGGACUCCAUGAAAAAACUGGUGCUUUUACAGCUGUUAAAGUGAUGAAUGCUCGUAAGACUGCUUUACCUGAAAUAGGAAGGAGAAUGAGAGUGAAUAAAUAUCAACAGUCUGUCGGAUGGAGAUACAGUGAUGAGGAAGAGGAUCUCAGGACUGAACUCAACCUUUUCAAGAAGUACUCUUUCCACAAAAACAUUGUAUCUUUCUAUGGUGCUUUUUUCAAGCUGAACCCCCCUGGCCAGAGGCACCAACUUUGGAUGGUGAUGGAGUUAUGCACAGCAGGCUCAGUCACUGAUGUAGUGAGAAUGACCAGAAAUCAGAGUUUGAAAGAAGAUUGGAUUGCAUAUAUCAGCCGAGAAAUCCUUCAGGGCCUAGCUCAUCUUCAUGCACACCGUGUAAUUCACCGAGACAUCAAAGGUCAGAAUGUGCUACUGACUCAUAAUGCUGAAGUAAAACUUGUGGAUUUUGGAGUGAGUGCCCAGGUGAGCAGAACUAAUGGGAGGAGAAAUAGUUUCAUUGGAACACCAUACUGGAUGGCACCUGAAGUGAUUGACUGUGACGAAGAUCCCAGACGCUCCUAUGAUUACAGAAGUGACGUGUGGUCUGUAGGAAUCACUGCUAUUGAAAUGGCCGAGGGGGCUCCUCCCCUGUGUAAUCUUCAGCCUUUGGAAGCCCUCUUUGUUAUUUUGCGAGAAUCUGCCCCCAAAGUCAAAUCCAGUGGAUGGUCUCGCAAGUUCCACAACUUCAUGGAAAAGUGCAUGAUAAAAAAUUUCCUAUUUCGUCCUACUUCUGCAAACAUGCUUCAUCAUCCUUUUGUUGGGAAUAUAAAAAAUGAAGGACACGUUGUUGAGUCAUUGAAGAAGCAUCUUACUGGAAUCAUUAAAAAGAGACAGAAAAAAGGAAUACCUCUGAUCUUUGAAAGAGAAGAAGCUAUUAAGGAGCAGUACACCAUGAGAAGAUUCAGAGGACCUUCUUGUACUCAUGAGCUUCUGAGACUGCCAACCAGCAGUAGAUGUAGACCACUUAGAGUUCUACAUGGAGAACCGUCUCAGCCAAGGUGGUUACCUGAUCGAGAAGAGCCACAGGUCCAGGCACUUCAGCAUUUACAGGGAGCAGCCAGGGUGUUCAUGCCACUACAGGCUCAAGACAAUGCACCUAGGCCUCUACAAGGGCAAGCCCAGGCACCUCAGCGACUACAAGGGGCAGCUCGGGUCUUUAUGCCACUACAGGCUCAGGUUAAGGCUAAGACAUCUAGGCCCCUACAGAUGCAGAUUAAGGCACCUCCACGACUACGGAGGGCAGCCUGGAUGCUUAUGCCACUACAGGCUCAGGUUAAGGCAUCUAGGUCUCUACAGGUACAGGUACAGGUACCUAAAGAACAGCAGGCUCAGGCUCAGUCCCAGACAUCAGAAGAGCCACAGGAUCUGGACCAGGUACCAGAGGAAUUUCAGGGGCAAGAUCAGAUACCUGAACAACAACAAAGACAGGGUCAGGCCCCUGAACAACAGCAGAGGCAGAACCAGGUACCUGAACAGCAGCUGGAGCAGAACCAGCUACCUGAACAGCCAGAGGUACAGGAACAGGCUCCUGAGCCCACACAGGCAGAGACUGAGUCAGAAGAACCUGAGUCCUUACAAGUACAUGCCCAGGUAUUCCUGCCCCUACUCUCACAGAACCACCAUGUGCUGUUGCCACUACAUUUGGAUACUCAGGUACUCAUUCCAGUAGAGGGACAAAAUGAAGGGUCACCUCAAGCACAGGCCUGGGCACUAGAGUCCCCACAGGCAGUUGGCUCAGUUCAAGAACUGAUAGAGGGACUAUCAAGAGGCUUACUUCGAGCACCAAACUCACAUAACUCAAAGCCACUUGGUCCCCUGCAAACCUUGAUGGAAAACCUGUCUUCAGACACGUUUUACUCUCAACCAGAACAAGCACGGAAGAAAAAAUCAAAAGUUUCUAGUCUAAGGCAGGCAUUGGCAAAAAGACUAUCACCAAAGAGGUUCCGGGCAAAGUUAUCACGGAGACCUGAAGAGUUUGAGCUCUCAGAUUUAGAAGCCUGCAGGCGAAGGCACCAGAACAGAUGGGAGGAUAUCUUUAAUCAGCACGAGGAAGAAUUGAGACAAGCUGCAAAUGACAAAGAAGAUGAAUCAUCAGACAAUGAUGAAGUAUUUCAUUCAAUUCAAGCUGAAGUCCAAAUAGAACCAUUGCAACCAUAUGUUCCAAAUCCUAAAGGAAAUGAGGUCCAAGAAAGAUCUACUUCAAAGACUUACAAACACCGUGUCAAGAUCUCUUCAAAUGUUCCUCAGCAGUCUGUUUUGGAACAAUCUCAGAAGCCCAUUGACAUCAGACAAAGAAGUUCGCAAAAUCUUCAAAACUGCCCAGCAGCAUCAGACUCUUCUGAGGAAGAGAGUCCUGUGACCUGUAGGAGGUCCCAGUCAUCACCACCUUAUUCCACUAUUGAUCAGAAGUUGCUGGUUGAUGUCCACGUUCCAGAUGGAUUUAAAGUAGGAAAAAUAUCACCCCCUGUUUACUUGACAAAUGAAUGGGUAGGCUAUAAUGCACUCUCUGAAAUCUUCCGGAAUGAUUGGUUAACUCCUGCACCUGUCAUUCAGCCACCUGAAGAGGAUGGUGAUUAUGUUGAACUCUAUGAUACUGGUGCUGAUACUGAUGGUGAUGAUGCUGAUUCUAAUGAUGUAUACGAGGAUACCUAUGAUCAUGACAAUGGCAAUGCUGACUUGGAUAGCAAGGUUGAUUCAGCUAAUGAUGUUGGUGAAGACUAUGAAGAUAAUGACAAUGAUGGAACUAUAGAUGACAAAGCCAAUAAUCAUGAUGAUGCCCCUUGUUGGCCAAGAACAAGCUAUGACAGAGAUGGAAGCUGCAAGCAAGAUGGUAGAGAUGGAAGUGAUGGAGAAGAGACCUGCUACAGCUAUGGAAGUCAGAGAGUCAAUAGAGGCCAUGGAGAAAAUGUAGCCAGUGGGGGCAGUGUAGCCAUUAGAGACCAUGAAGAACUUGGAGCCAAUAUAGGCAAUGGAAGAAGAGUUAAGGAAGUUAAUGGAGGUAAGGGAAUCAGUGGUACCAAGGAAGAAAGUGGAGCCCUUGAACUCAGUGGAGGAGAAAAUUUGUCAAAGACAGAUAGUCAAGGAUUGGAGAGACCAACAUUCCACGACUUUGAACAUCAACAGGAGGAGCCUGGUGGUAGAAGCGAGGCCUCAAAUGCCAUUGCCUCAGGUGCUGCACUAGCAGCACCUGAUGAUGAGAAUAACAGCAUGGACAUAUCAGAAGCAUCAACACAAUCAGGAUUUUCUGUCAGCCACUCUUCUUCCAAUGGUUCUGGGAAAGCUGCAAAUGCUGACUUUGCCAGCGCCGUCUUGUAUGCUGGAUUGGUGGAAGCACCUGAGAAACCACCUAAACGACCCUCUGAAGUCAAUGUUAACCCACUAUAUGUGUCUCCUGCAUGUAAAAAACCACUAAUCCACAUGUAUGAGAACGAAUUCACUUCUGAGAUUUGUUGCGGUUCUUUGUGGGGAGUUAAUUUGCUGUUGGGAACCCGAUCUAAUCUGUAUCUGAUGGACAGAAGUGGAAAGGCAGACAUCAUUAAACUGAUAAAGCGAAGACCAUUCCGUCAGAUUCAAGUUGUAGAGCCACUCAAUUUGCUGAUUACCAUCUCAGGCCAUAAGAACAGACUUAGGGUGUAUCAUUUGACCUGGCUGAGGAACAAGAUUUUGAAUGAUGAUCCAGAAAGUAAAAGAAGACAAGAGGAAAUGCUAAAGACAGAGGAAGCCUGUAAAGCUAUUGAUAAGUUGACAGGAUGUGAACACUUCAGUGUCCUUCAGCAUGAAGAAACAACAUAUAUUGCAAUUGCUUUGAAACCAUCAAUUCACCUUUAUGCUUGGGCACCAAAGUCCUUCGAUGAAAGCACAGCCAUUAAAGUAUGCGUUGAUCAAUCAGCAGACUCUGAAGGAGACUACAUGUCCUAUGAAGCCUAUAUACGAAUACUGGCAAAAAUACAGGCAGCUGAUCCAGCGAACCGGUUUAAGAGACCAGAUGAGCUCCUUCAUUUGCUGAAGCUCAAGGUGUUUCCAACAGCUGGUCAUAAGCCAGUGACAGUUGACCUGGCUAUUGGUACUGAAAAAAGACUAAAGAUUUUCUUCAGCUCAGCAGAUGGAUAUCACAUCAUUGAUGCAGAAUCUGAGGUUAUGUCUGAUGUGACUCUGCCAAAUAACCCCCUGGAAAUCAUUAUACCACAGAAUAUCAUCAUUUUACCUGAUUCCUUGGGAAUUGGCAUGAUGCUCACUUUCAAUGCUGAAGCCCUUUCUAUGGAAGCAAAUGAACAACUCUUCAAGAAGAUCCUUGAAGUGUGGAAAGACAUACCAUCUUCAGUAGCUGUUGAGUGUACACAGCGAACCACAGGAUGGGGCCAAAGGGCCAUUGAAGUCCGCUCUUUGCAGUCAAGAGUUCUGGAAAGUGAACUGAAGCGCAGAUCAAUUAAGAAACUGAGAUUUCUGUGUACCCGAGGUGAUAAGCUAUUCUUUACCUCUAUCCUGCGUAAUCGCCACAGCCGGGUUUACUUCAUGACCCUUGGAAAACUUGAAGAGCUCCAAAGCAAUUAUGGUGUUUAAAAGGUUCCAAUGAUAUAUUACAACAUUUACAAACAUCAUAAAUAUACAAUUUACAUCUUAAAAUUUCUGAGAUUAAAUAAACAUUCAGUUUUAUUGUUAGGGAAAAAUUAAAUCAUAUACUUUACUUUUAAUGUAGCACAAAAUAGUUCUAAUGAGAAAUGCAUCUUUAUAUAUAAAAUUAACUAUAGCAAGCUCUAUGUACUCCAUUGGUGUACGAUAUCUUUUGCACAAACUUUGUAACUUUUGUUACUGUGAAUUCAAAUAUUACUCUUUGGACAGUUUGGACAGUAUCUACAUUCAGAUUUUUCUACAUGGAGUAAAGAAACUUGUAAAGACUUAGGUUCCAAAUAGCUUUCAAAAUAACUGGCCCUGAGUGAGGUUUUUCA